AUGAGUCAGGCUCAUGUGGAGGAUGCAUCGUACGACUUGGAACGCAAACGCCACUUCAAGGCCUACACUGUUUUUAUUUGUAUCUUCAUGAGCUUCGGCUCGUUGGGGUUUGGAAUGGCAGCUGCUGUCAUAGCCACCUUGUUGGGCCAGCCCACGUUUGUGUCUGCCAUGCAACUGGACGGGCCACAUGCCCAGUCUCUCGAGGGCUGUAUGAACAGUCUUUUCUACGUUGGCGGGAUUUUCGGCUCAUUCAAUCACGGUUGGAUGGCAAACCGUUUUGGACGGAAAUUGUCCAUUACGUUCGGCGCAGUGAUGUUGUUGGUCUCACAAGCCUUGCUGACAGGGUCUGUUCACCCUGCUAUGUUCAUUGUCUUUCGAUUCUUUUCAGGCUGGGGUGGCUUCCAAAUCGUUUGUGGAGUUCCGCUGUGGAUCGGAGAGAUUGUACCGCCCAAAAACCGUGGAAUGCUCUCGGACAUUCAUGCGAUUUUCAUCAACACCGGAUACCUCAUCAAUGGGGUCAGUGCCAUUGGGUACUACUACUAUCAAAGCCCGGAUGCAUGGCGGCUAUCGCUAGGCAUCACAAUGGUCCCACCAACUCUCCUACUCUGCGGAAUCUACUGGCUGCCGGAGUCUCCGCGCUAUUUGAUAUCAACAGACCGACACGAGGAAGCUUGGAGUGUGAUUCAUCGGCUCCAUUCCGACCCACGGGAUCCCGACGACACCUUUGCAACUCGGGAGUUCCUGCAGAUCUACAAGCAGAUCCAGUUGGAUAAAUCCUUGAAAGGUGGCUACGCCGAAAUCUUCCGUCGGCCAUCAUACAGAAAAAGGGCCAUUAUUAACUAUGGAGUUACCUUGUACAAGGGACUUGGCUACACUGGAGUCAAGUCUUUGGCCUUUUCCGCUGGAUACAUCGGUCAGUCGUGGAUAACAAGCGUGUUAGCCAUGACAUACGUGGAUCGAGUGAAAAGAAACUAUCUCAUCUCUGCCGGCUUUUUCAUGUCCAUGGUCUCCUUGAUCGUCUACACGGGUCUUAUCGCAACCUAUCUGGAAUCCGACAACCGAAAUGCAAAAGCCGCGGCCGUGUCCAUGCUAUUUCUCUACAUCAGUUCAUUUGAGCUGUUUUUGGAUGGCCCGGAGUUCUUUUACAUCACGGAGAUAUGGCCAAGUCACUUGCGAGCUCAAGGAUUUGCACUCGGAAUGGCAGUCUACAGUGGAAUCAACCUUUGCUGGCUCCAGGCAGCACCGACCGCUUUCGCGAACAUUGGCUGGCGCUUCUACAUCCUCUUCAUCUUCUUUGCCGCCCUCGGCGGUGUCUUGAGUUUCUUCUACUACCCCGAUACGCUGCACAAGCCUCUGGAAGAGAUUGCGGCCAUCUUUGGUGACGACGACCUGGUCGUUCUCUAUCAGAGAGACCUGGUUGGCCAGGAAUCACAGAAAUUGUCUCUCGAGGCGAUCAUCGGUGACGGGUCAAAAGACUCUGGCAGUGAUAUCCCAGAAAUCAAGGAGAUUGUCAACAAAGCUUAA